ACUUAGUUUUGUUUGAGUGUAUCGUUAAGUGCCAUUUCGAGGGCUUAGUUGGUUGUCGGGGUUCGUUUAUUUCGAAGAAUGGCAACGAAGAAGGUGUUCUUUGAUAUUAAGGAGGGGGCCAACGCUGCCGAAAGGAUCGUUUUUGAGCUCUUUGCAGAUAAAGUCCCAAAAACUGCUGAGAAUUUCCGAGCAUUGUGCACCAUGGAGAAAGGUUUCGGAUACAAAGGUUCCAAAUUCCAUCGGAUAAUCCCAAAUUUCAUGUGCCAAGGUGGUGAUUUCACUAAGGGUGAUGGUACAGGUGGCAAAAGCAUAUAUGGAGACAAAUUCGCCGAUGAAAACUUCAUCUUUAAACAUGAUAAACCAUUCCUACUCUCCAUGGCUAAUGCUGGACCUAAUACUAACGGUUCUCAAUUCUUCAUCACUACUGUACCUUGCCCGUGGCUUGAUAACAAACAUGUUGUCUUUGGUCAAGUUGUCGAAGGUAGUGCAGUAGUCAAAAAGAUGGAGAGCUGUGGUAGCCAGUCUGGUAAACCAACUAAAACAUUCAUAAUUGAUAAUUGUGGAGAACUAUGAGUAUCAUCACUGCCAAUGUAUGUUACUAAUUAUGAAACAUUUAUGGUAUAAUUAAAGCCAUCACUAUUAUG